CCUACCUACCUACCUACCUCCACAUAGGCCGAGGGGGCCGAGGGGCCUACUUAGGUAGGCAUGGUACCUCACCACCAUAUCACUUCACCAUCGUACCAACUAUAGGUGUUCUCCAGUGCCUGUGUAACAAUUCCCGGAUUCUCUGUGCUCCCCUCCCGCACGCUAUUGACCAGGUCCUCAACCCCCAAACUCCCCCAUAGGCCCAUCUGGUCCAGAGCUCCCUCGCCAACGCCCCUCAUACGUAAUCGGUGAUUCUGCAAUCAUCACCUUACCCCUCCAUCCACAACAACCACCGUUGGUUAAAUUCUUCUCAGCGACCACCUCAGCUCCAGCAAUUUUGGCCUCGAGGUCACCGCAUCUCAGAUCAUCCUCUGUUACUUCUUUUCUUUCCCCAUAAGCUCAUCCUAAUCAUCUGUCUUCUCCUAAUUCAGUACGUUACUUCAGCACCUCUCCCUAAGAUUUUCUGAGAAGCUAGCCUUACCACUUGACCACCUUUCCCAUCCUAUUCACCAUGCCUGACUUCGCCCAAGCCACCGACCUGAAAGCAUGGGCUGCCCUCGUGGAGCAUCACAACACUGUUGGCCGCAACAUUGUGCUCCGAGAGGUCUUUGAGAGUGAUCCCCAGCGUUUCGAAAAGUUCAAGAGAGUCUUCAAGAACUCGGCCGACAACACCGAUAUCCUUUUCGAUUUCUCCAAGAACUUCAUCACCGAAGAAACACUUGACCUACUGGUCAACCUUGCAAAAGAGGCUGGUCUCGAGGAGAAGCGAGACGCUCUCUUCGCCGGUGACAAAGUCAACUUCACCGAACACAGAGCCGUCUACCACCCUGCCCUUCGAAAUGUCACAAACCAGCCCAUGGCCGUCGAUGGCAAGAGUGUCGUUGAGGAAACCAAUUCCGUUCUCGACCACAUGAAAGAAUUCACACAGCAAGUCCGCAGCGGAGAGUGGAAAGGCUACACUGGCAAGAAGCUGACCACGAUCAUCAACAUUGGUAUUGGAGGCUCUGAUCUUGGCCCUGUCAUGGUUUCAGAAGCCCUCAAGGCCUACGGAGACCGAAACAUGACUCUGCAUUUCGUCUCAAACAUUGAUGGCACUCACAUCGUCGAGGCUCUCAAGAACUCCGACCCCGAGACCACUCUCUUCCUCAUUGCCUCCAAGACCUUCACCACCGCUGAGACCAUCACCAAUGCCAACACUGCAAAGAAAUGGUUCCUGCAGUCCGCAAAGCAAGAAGAUAUUGCCAAACACUUCGUUGCCUUGUCCACCAACGCCGAAGAAGUUUCCAAAUUCGGAAUCGACACCAAGAACAUGUUUGGCUUCGAAAGCUGGGUCGGAGGUCGAUAUUCCGUUUGGUCCGCCAUCGGUCUGUCUGUUGCCCUCUACAUCGGUUAUGACAACUUCCACCAAUUCCUUGCUGGCGCUCACGCCGUCGAUGACCACUUCAAGAAGACACCUCUCAAGGACAACAUUCCAGUCAUUGGCGGUCUUCUCAGCAUCUGGUAUUCCGACUUCUUUGGUGCUCAAACCCAUCUCGUCGCACCCUUUGAUCAAUACCUUCACCGCUUCCCCGCAUAUCUGCAGCAGCUUACCAUGGAGUCCAAUGGCAAGGCCGUCACCCGCACCGGUGAUUACGUCAAGUACACCACCGGCGCCAUCUUCUUUGGCGAACCUGCCACCAAUGCCCAACAUUCCUUCUUCCAGCUGCUUCAUCAAGGCACCAAGCUGAUCCCCACCGACUUCAUCCUGGCUGUCAAAUCCCAUAAUCCCGUCGAGAACAACCUGCACCAGAUCUUGUUGGCAUCCAAUUUCUUUGCCCAGGCCGAGGCUCUGGCAAUUGGCAAGACUCCUGACGAAGUCAAGGCCGAGGGUGCCCCAGAUGAGCUCGUGGCCCACAAGACCUUCCUAGGCAACCGACCUACCACCAACAUUCUGGCUGAUCAGAUCACCCCCGCCACUCUCGGCGCUCUCAUCGCAUACUACGAAUGGUUGGUUUUCACCGAAGGUGUCGUCUGGAACAUCAACAGCUUUGAUCAAUGGGGUGUGGAACUCGGAAAGGUCUUGGCCAAGAAGAUCCAGAAAGAAUUGGAGACCGAGGGAGCUGGCAGUGCACAUGAUGCCUCUACUGCUGGCUUGAUCGCGGCCUUCAAAGCCAAGGCCGGUCUGAAAUAGAUCAUGGACCGUCCACGAACUCUUGUUAAACGCCUCGCCUGUCAGAUGGCUUGUACCACAGAACGUCCUGUCUGACCAGGCCCUGGGUGAAAUACCUCGAGGCUUGAUAGGCCCGAAUGAAACAUGACCAAAUCAAGUUGAAAAGCGUAUCAAUCGAUUUUUCUACAAUUAAUAGUUGUGGUGCAUGAUGACAGCAAACCGAGUUUGACGUGCGGGACGGAUCUUCAUUUGGUGUAGACCAUGAUCUAUUUACAUCUGGAAUCCUUUCGUAUCCCAUCGUCUUAUCUGAUCAACCCGUCUGUAGACUUCAAUUGUAUUGAUACUCCGAGCCAGUCGAAGCCCCUACCCAAUUCAAAUCUACACAAAUAUAUGGACAAAUAUGUAUGUGAAUAGCUCUUCCAUUCCUCACCCAAGCCUCAAUCCUCCACC